CUUCACCUUUGCCUCAACCUUUGUUCACCCCACAACUUCAUGGUGAGAUCGACUCGACGGCCGAUUCGUGUAGAGGCGUAUCCAUUGUCUUGAACCAGGCAGAGGGUAGAAGCCAUGGCUUAUAAUGGCUACAACGGCUUCAACGACGAUGUUAUGGACGGGGUCGAGGCCUCGGGUCCCAAAGUCACUGUGAGAGAAGUCGAACCAGACCGCUGCGAUUUUGUCCUCCAGUCAUGCUCUCUCGCCCUCGCCAACUCCCUCCGUCGCGCGAUGCUCGCCGAAAUCCCCACCAUCUCGAUCGAUCUCGUGGAUAUUACUACGAAUUCCUCGGUUCUUCCUGACGAAUACCUCGCACACAGACUGGGCCUCGUUCCCUUGAUCAGUAAAGGCGUGGACGAAAACCUGAAUUAUGGCCGAGAUUGUGAUCGCUGCGACGACCAUUGCGAAUACUGCUCGGUCGUCCUUCGCCUUCAUGUCCGGUGUUCUAAUGCCGGCACGAUGCUGGUACAUGCGAACGACCUCAUCGUGGUCAAUGCCCGUCAAGAUGGUAUUGGCCGGCCAGUCAUCCGUGAUGCGAAUGGCACCGGACCACUGAUUGCCAAGUUGAGGCAGGGGCAGGAAAUUCAGCUGGAAUGCAUCGCAAAGAAGGGCAUCGCCAAAGAGCACGCGAAAUGGGCACCCACGUCGGCAGUGGGCUUCGAAUACGACCCCAACAAUAAGCUGCGCCACGUCGACUACUGGUAUGAGACCGACGCAAAAGAAGAAUGGCCAGUGGAUGAGCGCAACGCCACGUGGGAAGGGGAUGAGUCGGCUGCCGACGCCGCUUUUGAUCCUGAUGCUGUCCCGAGCGCAUUCUUUUUCGAAGUCGAAGGCAUCGGCACCCUCGAACCAGACGACAUCGUCCGUGGCGGCAUUGAGGUGAUACAGAAAAAGCUCGCCGAGACAAUCAAAGUUCUGGGAGGCGCAGAGGCCGCUGGCGUCGAUGGAAUGAACGGCAUCCAGAGUCCAGAUGGCUACGAGCCGGCUCCUCCAAAUGGAGCGUUCAGUUCAUACGGUGGCCUCAGGGGUGGCACGACCCCUUAUGGUGCGACUCCAUACGGCGCCGGGGGUUACGGUUCCUACUAGCCUAAGAAAGCGACUGCUUUUGCAUAGCGAGGCGUUGGAGGUUUGGUGGUCAGGCCAAUUUGCCAAAGGCGAGCAACUAUCGGGCCCAGUCAGGAUGGUUUCACUUUGUUUCCAGGCAUGACACGUUUCCAGGAGUUGCUCCAGUUGCAGAGAAAACAGGUAUAUGUUCACCAGGAUGGUCAACACUGAAGCUGGCGAGCUCCGUUGACCUUUCUCUUUGGAACAAAGGACAUUUUGGGUGUUAUUGUGGCGAGGAUGACAGGAACGAAAAGUCGCAAGGAAUGAUUUAGCUACACGUGCUGGAGAAUCUCAACCUCUCUCGGUUCUCUGAAGCAUCAACAAGAAUCUUUAUUGGCCAAACCCAGACAAGCAGAGACCUGCGGUCCGUCUUGAAGGGGUAAGUGGGAAACGCUCGACUGACUGGGCUGUCUGAAACGUAGUCAGCAUUGCGUGGAAUGAUUGCUGCCGUAAUCAGGCACUGGUGAACGUGCAUCCCGUACUGCCGCCUACGAACCAUUACUGUCGCCGAUGUUGAUUCCUUGUUCUGUGCUGUCGGGGCAUUUAUGCGGUUGGAAC